GGGAAGAACUUCCGCCAACCGAGAACAACGGCAGCAGAAGCAGAGCUUCACACCCACCACCAGACGGAGCAGAGCUGAGCUGAGCUGAACCCUUUGACGGACAACAAAGCCCAAUUUGGAACAUUUAUUUCGCAAAAGCCUUGUCUUGUCUUGUUUUGUCUGACGGCCCAUUUCUAAACCCUUACUAUCAAAUUCUCCUGUUCUUCGUCUUCUUCUUCCCUGCUGCUGCUGGUGGUGGUUUCAUAGCUUCUGCUUCGUCGGGCGAUCGCUCUGCCAUUGCCCAGCUGCUGGAAAGUAAGAUAACUUGAGGGAGCCCGGCGUCAGCUCCGGCGGUGAUGGACAGUCAGCUACUCAGCUUUAAUCGGAGCGCCAUUUUGAUCUCCAAACCCCACCGGUUUCCGAAAUCCCGAUUACUCGCCUCACCCUGCAGUAGAUAUUGCCAAUCCAGUCGCUUCAUUGCUGGAUCAAGAGUAAAGUGUGCAAUGAAGUCUUACAGGCUGUCAGAACUCACUCAUGCUGAGGCCAACAGCCUCAAGGCCCGGCCUCGUAUUGAUUUCUCUUCAAUCUUUGGUCUGGUUAAUCCAAUUGUUGAUGAUGUUCACAGUAGAGGCGAUGCUGCAGUUAAAGACUACACUGCGAAGUUUGACAAAGUUGAGCUGGAAAAGAUAGUUGUGAAUGUGUCUGAUCUUCCAGACCCAGAGCUAGAUACAGUAGUAAGAGAAGCAUUUGAUGUGGCAUAUGACAAUAUAUAUGCCUUCCAUUUGGCUCAAAAGUCACCGGAGAAAAGCACUGAAAACAUGAAAGGUGUUAAAUGUAAAAGGGUGGCAAGGAGCAUUGGUUCAGUAGGUCUUUAUGUUCCCGGUGGGACAGCUGUUUUACCCUCAACAGCUUUGAUGCUUGCAGUUCCUGCACAGAUUGCUGGAUGCAAAACGGUUGUUCUUGCAACUCCCCCAGGUCGUGAUGGAAGCAUAUGCAAGGAGGUGCUUUACUGUGCCAAAAAAGCUGGUGUUACCCACAUCCUGAGAGCCGGGGGAGCUCAGGCCGUGGCAGCUAUGGCUUGGGGAACUGAAUCUUGCCCAAAGGUUGAGAAGAUUCUUGGCCCCGGAAAUCAGUACGUAACAGCUGCAAAAAUGAUUCUCCAGAAUAGUGAAGCCAUGGUUUCGAUUGACAUGCCUGCGGGUCCUUCAGAAGUUCUGGUCAUUGCAGACAAGCAUGCGAGCCCUGUGCACAUAGCUGCUGACCUACUUUCACAGGCAGAACAUGGCCCUGAUAGUCAGGUUGUUCUUGUAAUAGCUGGAGAUGGUGUGGAUAUAAAAGCUAUUGAGGAAGAGAUUAGCAAGCAGUGCCAGAGUCUUCCGAGAGGAGAAUUUGCUUUGAAAGCCCUUAGUCACAGUUUCACUGUUUUCGCCCGUGAUAUGGUUGAGGCAGUUUCAUUUUCGAACUUAUAUGCUCCUGAGCAUUUGAUAGUAAAUGUGAAGGAUGCUGAAAAGUGGGAGUGCUUCAUUGAGAAUGCUGGUUCUGUGUUUUUAGGGCCAUGGACGCCAGAAAGUGUGGGAGAUUAUGCGAGUGGGACAAACCACGUCCUCCCUACAUAUGGGUACGCACGAAUGUAUGGUGGGGUCUCGCUCGACUCGUUCCAGAAGUACAUGACCGUACAGUCUCUGACAGAGGAAGGGCUGAGAAACCUGGGGCCACAUGUGGCUGUCAUGGCAGAAGUUGAGGGCCUCGAUGCCCACAAGCGAGCAGUCACCCUCCGGCUUCAGGAUAUCGAAGCAAAGCAGGCUCAGAACACACAAUGAUGUAGCGGAAUCAGAAUGUUCGAAAUCUCUCCCCUUACCUGGGAUUUUCUACGACUCUCUAAGUGAUUAUAUUGAAGCUUCUGUGUUGUAUAAUCGAUCGCAUGUAAAAGCUUUUCCAUUGUGACUGUUGUUGGCAAGAACUUCCCCCCAAUGUACCGUUUUAUUUCCUAUUUUAAUCUUCUUAUUCAACUUCCUAAUAGUAAAAUUUCAUUAUUUACUA